UCACUCACUCGCACUGUAAUUAAGAGCAGGUGGGCUGGAUAAUAACAGCCGCUCACGCUCAGAGACGAAGAAGUUGUUCAACCAGAUUUCAGUCUUCAGGACUUCAACACGUCCGUGUGAUGAUGGAGAGAGCUGCUGUUGUCUAAUACACGCAGAGGACGAUUAUAACCGCGUGUGACUUCAUUGUCUCUAACCUCAGAGGAUGAGUUGUCUCAAGGACUUUACGAGUCGAGUACAGACAUUAAAGAAUCAGUUAUUAAAACAGGCCGAGGACAGAGAGUCAUGCAGCGCAGGUCAGCAGAGGGGGUCGGGGGGGAUUCCUCUUGCCAGGAAGAUGUGUUACGCUGUGGGUGGGGUCCCGUAUCAGAUGACCACAGUAGCUUUGGGUGUUUCCCUGCAGAUCUUUCUUCUGGAUGUUGUGCAGAUGGAGGCCUCCUACGUCUCCAUGAUCUUAUUCGUGAGUCGGGCCUGGGACGCCGUGACGGACCCUCUGAUUGGAUAUCUGGUGGGCCGCAGUAACUGGACGCCCAUCGGCAAACUCACUCCAUGGCUGGUUCUUUCCUCUCCGUUUGGCGUCCUGUCCUAUCUGCUGCUGUGGUUCGUGCCGGGAGGCUCCAUGUCUCCGGCUGUCAGGGUGCUGUGGUUCCUCACGGCGGCCUGCCUGUUCGAGACCAUCAUGAGUUGCUACAACGUGCCGUACAUCUCCCUCAACAUGUUCCUGGGGGGAGAUCACAGAGACAGGGACUCGGCGACGGCCUACAGGAUGACUGUGGAGAUGGUGGCGAUGCUGUUGGCGUCUGUGAUCCAGGGUCAAGUUGUCGCCGUGUACAACACAGAGAAGCAGGAGGCCUGUCAACACGCGGACCAGGAGACUCCUCAAAGCACGUCUUCAGCGCAGAAUGCCUCCCUCCAGGGAACGCAAAAGGCUUUCCUGACCUCAGCUCUGGUCAUGGGUGCCCUGUUUUUCCUCUGCAGUCUGGUUCUCUUCCUCGGGGUGACGGAGCAGCGUGCGGCUCUCUGCUCUGAUGACAGAGUGCGACCGCCCUAUCUGACCUCGCUGAAGAUGCUGAUGUGCCACAUUCCUUACCAGCGCCUGCUGCUUGGCUUUGUGUUCAGUGCACUUGCAUUUCAGAUGUCCUUGGGUAAUUUUGCACUCUUUUGCAGUCAUGCAGCCGGGCUGGGAGCCCAUUUCCAGCACCUCCUGCUGGCUCUACUGUUGUCUGCCUCUGUCGCAGUUCCUCUGUGGCAAACAGUUCUUCUGAGAAUAGGAAAGAAGGUCACAGUUUUCAUCGGACUGUCACUCUUCAUCCCGGCUUCGAUCAUAGUCGCUUGUGUCCCCAGUAACCUGCCAGUCUUCAUGAUUAUGUGCAUUCUGAUGGGAUUCAGCAUUGCGACCGUAUUCCUGCUCCCCUGGUCCAUGCUCCCUGAUGUGGUGGACGACUUCGCAGCGAGACACCCAUCCUACAAAGACCUGGAGCCUCUGUUUUUCUCCUGCUACGCCUUCUGCAGUAAGCUGGCUGGAGGCCUGUCUGUCGGGAUCUCAACCAUGACAUUACAUUUUGUGGGCUACAGAGCUUCCGCCUGUAUCCAUGGCGACGGAGUGGUGACGGCUCUGGUUGUGUUGUUCUCGCCGGUUCCCAUCGCGCUGCUGCUGAUGGGGAUGGUCUUCUUUCGCUCCUACCCAAUCAAUGAGAGGCAAUCUUUACAGCUCCAGGAACAGCCGACAACAGUUUGCACAGAAGCUACAUCCUCCUCAUCAGAGACAAGAGAACACAACUCAGAGCGACCGACAAAUGUGCAGCCGCCUCGUGACGAUGUGACAACCACUUCACAUUCUAACACUAAGACCAACGCCACGUCGCACCAGUCAAAGUCCUCACCACGUUGUUACAAGCAUGAUAAAAAAUGCUCUGUCAAGUCAUCUGUCCCAUCUGAUGUAUCACAGAGCUGCUCUGGAGAAUACAGCGGGCCUAAAUCAGUCGUCAAGUCAGACGUAAAUCUGAAGCGUCAUGAGCAGAGACUCAGCCGGUACCCGCAGCCAGGAGAAGAUAAAUCAGGCAGAAAUGUUCCGGAGAACGAUCCUGGGACGUCAUCUAGCAGGUCGAAUGUGAAAUCUAAAGUCUCCUGGGUUUAGUGAGGCACCUUUUAUAGUUUCAGGAUUGUACGAGGUGCUUUAAUGUUCUUGCCAAAUGUUCAUGUGUCUGCAAAUGUAAGUGAGAAACCACUUGAUAUUUUAGAGGAGACCUCAUGUAAUUCCCAGCCGUGUUUCUGUUGACAAAAAACUGUUAUUUGGGCAAAAAGAGAGAUUUUCUACACACCUGAAACAAGUGUUUUCAGUGCCUAAACCUAACCAGUUCAUAAGCACAGUGUUGUUAUAACAUGAAUAAAGAAAUGUAAAGUUUCAUCAUAUUCAUGGUUUGCAGAAACAUACACUGCCAACAGUAUUUAUUUUGACUGGGUCGGCACAAUAAAUAAAGAGGCAACAUCCAGCAGAGAUACUGGGAAAGAGCUAACCUCGUCCGAAGGUAACAAAAUCGGCCUGCAGGGAGCUCCAUAGAGUCCAUCAAUAAACACAAAUGAUCUUUUCUGUUUUGUCUGUACGAAGCCCUUAUUGUAGAAACGACAACUUGUUAUUUUUCUCGUACUGGAAGGAGGAUUUGUUCAGCUUUGCGCAUGGCAUGGUUAGCUGCUAGCUGCUGCCAGUCUUUAUGCUAUGCUAAGCUAACUUCCUGUUUCCUGGCCUCAGACAUGACAGUGGUGUCAGUCUUCUCAUCUAAUGUCCUCCAUGAGACUAAAAAAAAGCCUGUUUACAGUAAUAUCCCAUGUUUGUUUGUUUGUUUUUUCAUUUACUUUUGAAUUUCAGUUUUGUUUUCUAAAUAAAGAUGAUUGAUAGGUUGAA